AUCACCCAAUCAGUCGCUUGCUGUUGAUCGCGCGGAGAGGUCGUGCGUAGUUGUGCAAGUGAAUCUACUCCAGUCGGAGUUAACCCUCUCACCAGCCAUGAGGUACAACCAGCUCGGAGUCACCGGCAUCGAGCUUUCCCACGUGAGCCUCGGCGGAGCGUCUUUCAGUCACAUUUAUGGGAACUUCGACGAAGAAAGGAGCUUGGAGCUCAUUAAAGAAACUUUGAAAAGAGGAGUGAAUUAUCUGGAGACGGGUCCAUGGUAUGGGCAGGGGUGCUCCGAGAAAACCAUAGGAAAGGCUCUAAAGGAUGUCCCGAGGGAAACAUUUUUUAUCGGCAGCAAAGUCGGCCGAUACGAGCAAGAUACUUCAAAGAUGUUCGACUUCUCUGCGGAGAAGACUGCGGUUGGCGUUGACAAUACUCUGCGUCGGCUCGGACUCGAUUACGUCGACUUAAUUCAGGUCCAUGAUGUGACUUUUGCUCCGGAUAUGUCCGUGGUCUUGAAGGAAACUCUACCAGCGCUGGAACAGGCAGUGCGCGACGGCAAGGCUCGGUUCAUCGGCAUCGCUGACUACGACAUCGACUUGAUGAAAGAGUUGGUGGAAGAGUCGGAUAUCAAGAUAUCAGCUGUGCUCUCUUAUGCCAAGUCGACGCUCUUUGAUAACCGACUGCAGAAUUAUACAAAAUACUUCAAGAACAAGGGCGUCGGAGUGAUCAACGCAGCAGCCACGGGGAUGGGCCUGCUCACCAACAUGGGCCCGCGGCCAUGGCACCCGGCCAGUGACGACGUCAAAGCUAUUUGCCGUAAAGCAUCUGACUUCUGCAAGGAGCGUAACGUGGAAUUAGCUCGCAUUGCGACUUGGUUCACCUUAAGCCAGCCCGGCAUCGACACCAACAUCUGUGGGUUCUACAACCGCUCGCAACUGAUCGACACCCUCGACGUACUCGAGAAAGGCCUCACGGAGCACGAGCAGAAUGUGUUGAACGAGGUCCAGCUGAGGUUUUUUGAUAAGAUCAUCCUGCAUUGGGAUGACGUUGAAUUGCCCGCCUACCGGGCGAAAAUGGAUGAACUGCUGAAGGCUAGAUGAAACGUAGUUACAAGUGACAUAUUGUCAUCGAUGUUGCCAGAAUGCGAAAUAUAUAUUUAAAUAUCGCAAGGCAACAACUCGUACUGGAUUUUUCAAUUAAAACACAAUAUUAUGAAACAAUUUUUAUUUUUAAAUGAAAAUGAAAUGGUGACACAAGUCGCUAUUGGAACAUAAGAUCCAGCACGUGGGACGAAGUGUUUUAUUAUAUCAUCUUCUUAAUGCUUAUUUAAUAAAUAUAUCUACAGGUGGUUUAACUAAUAACAAACUUCUAUGAUGAGCUGAUGACGACUGAUCUGAGUCAUAUACACAACGCUUUAGAAUAUUAAGACAAAAUGUGCGAGAUGUGCUCAAAAUAUUUGCUUAUAUUUCACGUGAAAUACACACAUGGUACAUCCAGUUUAUAAACGUACCAAUUGUCGAAAUCAUAACAAUGGGAACAUACAACAUUUUUUCUAAAUUUUAUAUAAUUAAGGUAACGAAACAUUUUUGUACAUUAUUAAUAGCGAAAACAAAGCGAUACUUAAACUUGUAAAUUGUAUAAACAUUAUAUGAGUACAUUUUAACCAAGUCCAACAAGUUUGUACAAUUUGAUUAAAAACUAAAAUACUUUCGGAACGAUCGACUAAAAUGUAAUCAAUAAAACCGUGGACAUAACUAUUUUAUGAACCACUUUGUAUUGUAUUUGUCUUUACUAUAUAAUCUGUAGCGGACUCCCAGCAUGUCAGUUGACAAGUGACACGACUGAUCUCAGCUGUUUGUAAGCAUAGAUACUGAACAUAGUACGAUGCAUUCAUAACAAAACUCUCCCUUCUUAAUGUCGUUAACGUUAGAAUCAUUCUAUAUCAUCUAUUGAUGCUAAUAUACAGAUAUAAUAAGUAAUAUAGUAAGACACAUAUAUUCGUAUUUUUAAGAUAGAAAGCAUUCUCAGUGUUAAUUUUAUAAGGUAUCGUGGCUAAAUUCUUUGCAAGAAAUUAUAGUUGUCUGAUCCUGUUGUAGUAGUAAGUGAAUGUAUAAUACAUGUAAUAUUAGAAUUAGUAAUAAUAACGUAAAGGGGCUCGGAAGUUGCUUAAGAACAGGUUAUAAAAAAUGUCAGACGCUGGAGUCGACGGUAACUUGUUCCUGUAAAAUGUUAUUGUAUUAAGUCAACCGCAACAGCUUGACGAAAUACGUCAGGCCCCAUUUAACGUUAAUAAAAAAAUGUAUUCUUAAUAGUACAGUUUACUGACAUUGUUAUAUUGCACGAUGUCAUUUAAUUAAUAUCAUAUCAUGUCAUGUUUAAAUUAAGCAAAAG